AUGGCUAUGGAAAACACCACACAGGUGACAGUGUUUGUAUUUUCUGGACUAACCGAUAUUGAUAAACUAAUCCCGUUCCUCUUCGUUUUUUUCUUGAUGGUGUACCUUGUGACCAUACUCGGAAACAUUGGUUUAGUUAUUCUGGUGCUUUUUGCCUCCAACCUCCACACGCCAAUGUAUUACUUCUUGAGUUGCCUCUGCGUGGUUGACCUCUUCUACUCUACAGCUAUCACUCCUAAAACGUUGUCUGACCUUACAUCCCUCAGGAAGACCAUAUCGUUUAAUGGUUGUGCCGUCCAAUUUUUCUUUUUUGCUGGCCUAGCAGGAACUGAGGUUCUCCUGCUCUCCACUAUGUCGUAUGACCGCUAUGUUGCUAUCUGCCACCCUCUUCACUAUGUUUCCAUCAUGACCAAAAGCAACUGUUUCUCUCUUGUAGGUCUUUCCUUCUCCAUGGGCUUCUUUCAGUCAGCUGUACAGACCAGCUGCUUGUUCAGUCUCCAGUACUGUGGCUCGAAUCUUAUAGAGCAUUUCUACUGUGACGUCCCUCCCAUACUCCAAUUGUCCUGUUCCAAAACACUUCUUUGCAACGUGUUAACCAUUCUCUCUGUUGGUUGUUAUUGUCUUUCUUCAUUCAUUACAAUCCUGGUUUCUUAUGUUUUAAUCUUUACCACCAUAUUACGUAUAAAAUCUUCUGAAGGAAGACAGAAAGCUUUCAGCACUUGCCUUUCCCAUUUCAUGUGUGCCAGAGUCUUUUUUGUUUCAUUUUUUAUUACUUAUUUGCGUUCACCUUCCAGUGCCUUGAACCAAAGAGACAAAGUGGCCUCUGUCUUUUAUUCGGUAAUGACCCCGAUGUUGAACCCUCUUAUCUACAGCUUGAGGAAUGAAGAGGUGAAAAAGGCCAUCAUUCAAGCAGUCCAUUUCUUAUCUAGUAAGAGCUCAAUGACUAUGGAAAACAACACACAGGUGACAGUGUUUGUAUUUUCUGGGCUAACCAAUAGUGAUAAAUUAAUCCCGUUCCUCUUCGCUUUUUUUUUGAUGGUGUACCUUGUGACCAUAAUCGGAAACAUUGGCAUAAUUAUUCUUGUCUUUGUUGCCUCCAACCUUCACACUCCAAUGUAUUACUUCUUGAGUAGCCUCUCAGCAGUUGACCUUAUCUACUCUACAUCUAUCACUCCUAAAUUGUUGUCUGACCUUUCAACCCUCAGGAAGACCAUAUCGUUUAAUGGUUGUGCCAUGCAAUUUUUGUUUUUUGCUGGCCUAGCAGGAACUGAGGUUAUCCUGCUCUCCAGUAUGUCGUAUGACCGCUACACUGCUAUCUGCCACCCUCUUCACUAUGUUUCCAUCAUGACCAAAAGCAAAUGUUUAUAUCUUGUCGGUUUCUCCUUUUUCAUGGGCUUCCUCCAGUCAGUUGUACAGACCAGCUGUUUAUUCAAUCUCCAUUACUGUGGUUCGAAUAUUAUAGACCAUUUCUACUGUGACGUCCCCCCCAUACUCCGGUUGUCUUGCUCCAAAACACUUCUUUGCAACAUGUUAACUAUUGUCAUUGUUGGUUGUUAUUGUUUUUAUUCACUGUCAACAAUCCUGGUCUCUUAUGUUUUUAUCUUUACCACCAUAUUACGUAUAAAAUCUUCUGAGGGACGAAAGAAAGCGUUCAGCACUUGCUCUUCUCAUUUCAUGUGCGCCUGCGUCUUCUUUGUUUCAGUUUUUAUUACUUAUUUGAACUCACCUUCCAGUGCCUGGGACAAUAAAAACAAAGUGGCCUCUGUCUUUUAUUCAGUAAUGACCCAAAUGUUGAACCCUCUAAUCUACAGCUUGAGGAACAAAGAGGUGAAAAAGGCCAUCAUGCAAGCAAAGCUUAAUAUUUUACAUGUUUUCCCACUUUAUCCAAAACUCAAAAAAUAAUGCCUUUUGUUGUACUUUAAUUGGCCAUUUGGCCCUUUUCUGUCAUCAGUCUUCUAUUUGAACUUUCUAUGUCAUCUAUGUAUCUAUGAAAAGUUUAGGGGUGGGCAUA